AUGACUAGUUGUAGUCUCAACUGUAGUAUGUUACCUUGCAUACACAUACAAAACGAGAAAAGUGAAAUAAAUUUGGAAGACUCCAAGGAAGAAGACACAGAACAUUGUUACAAAGAUGAAAAGAAUAUCAAUGCAGAAGAAACGGCGCAUGUUAAAAGUGCAAUCGAUAAUAAUAACUUGUAUGAUAAAUCGUUCGACCAUUUAAAUACUAGCGUUGGAAUUCACGGCAGGAGUGACAUGAACAUGAGUAACAUGGACCCUGCGGCGUACGAGCAGCUCGUGGCCAGCGCGAGCGCAAGUGCGCAUGUGGACGCCAACUUUAGUGAAAAUGCGAAUAGGAGCACUUGUGUCGACACGAACGCUGACCUGAACAGCGGCACUCCCACGCGCUCUACUGACAAGGCGAACAAGAGCGCGAAAGUUAACGUGAAUAAAUGCACCCAAAUUAAAGAUUUCAACCCCGACGAGAUGAAAGCGUCGUUUGAGAAGGACCGGAAGGAUAUCCUUCUGAACACUUACAACUACCACUUCAGCAAUAGCUACGGGGACAUAAACCAGUGUGAUCAAAAGAGCCAAGACGACAUGAGCAUUUACUACUACAAGCGGGUGUCCCUUAAUUUUAUGAAUUACGCUUGCGGCUCAGAGUAUAAACACUACGAUAAUAACAACGCCAACAACAGCAGCAGCAAUGGAAACGAUAGCAGUAACGCCAACACUAGCAGCAUCAAUGGAAACGAUAGCAGCAACGGCAACGACAGUAGUAACGGGAACGUUAGCAGCAAUGCUAACGGUAACGCUAGCCCGUCGGCCGAAAAGUCCUGUCAAGUAAAUCUGAAGAAGUGCAACACGAAUAACCUUUUUUUUAGAACCAAUUCUUACGACAAUGUAUUUUUGAAGAAGAUAAAGAUAACCACUGUCGACAAUAAGUGCACCAGAAAAAGCAUAAAAAAGUACAAAAUUCCCUUUGAGCCCAAUUUUUACAGCAGUCGCUUUUUCUUCUCCGACAAGAACAUAAAUGAAGAUCCCCUUCCCCAGAAUGAUAAUUGCACAAAGUAUUGCAGUUCCUUGUCUGUUAAUUAUAACAAGGUCAACAGUAAUUGUAGUAGUGACAACGCCGCUGUAAAUAACGUUAGCAGCGGUAUUGGCCAUGGGAAUAAUUCCAAUGGCCUUAGAAAUCCAGGGAGGCGUAACAACCCCAGUAGUAGCAACAAUGGCAGCAGGAGUAACAGCUCGAAUACAGCGUACAAAUAUUUUCCUCGGUAUUCCUACAUUAUGCGGUUCGAGGGCCCCCCACCACAUUUCCUCAUUUUGAAGUACAACAAUGUUACGAAGAAAACUAACAUAGUAAAAAAGGUACCAGUGAAUAAGAACAUUUCGUUCAACCUUGCGAAGUUUAUUGCGGAAAAGUACAUCCAGAUUUUGAGAAAGAACUUGAGGAAGAAGGAAAAGAAAAUGGAGAAGAAUACGAACGCCGGGGGCGAACCGGACUAUGGUGAAGUCAUCGGGGGUGAAGUGGACGAAGAGGUAGUUUAUAAUGGGUCACGCGCUGACAGCAACAAGGGAAGUAACGGCCGAGGUAGCAGCGAGCGUCCGAACGGAAGCCAAGACGGGAGCAACGACGCAUGUGACUGUAAGAAGAAUGUGGACUACAACAACAGCACGAACUGUGAGAGUUAUCGGGGCACCUAUGUCCAAUUCGACACGAAGAAUGAUGAAAACGAUGACUUGAACAAUAACAACAGCAGCCCCUGCAGCAGUCGCCUCCGUGACGACGACAACGGGGAUGAGCUGGAUAAUGAAUACGAUAAUGAGAACAAUAAUGAGGACAAUAAUGAGGACAAUAAUGAGGACGAUAAUGAGCAAAAUAAUGAGAACGAAAACAGCGACCACAACAGCCUUCCCAACCCCAGCGGGGGGAGCAGCGCGACGAACAAUUUCGGCGCGAGGAGUCAAAAUAACUCGGACUGCUCCGCAAGCAAAAGCAACGAGCAGUUAAGUGACGAACGACGAAUGGCUGAGAACCCGCGCACAGGCGAACAGCCCUUCUGCAGUGAACUCCUAAUGAAUAAGAAUGACGAGAACAACUACAGUAACGAUCUGCAGAACAUAGAUGUGAAUUCGCUUAGUUACGAAAAUUACAGCUCGGAAAAUGUAUAUGAUGAGCAGCUCUGCACCUAUGAGUACCUCAACAUAGACUUGGACAAUGUCGUUUUUAAUACGGACACGGAGAAGUACAUCAAGUUUUUAAGCAACGUAAAAAUAUACUACCUACAUAAAAUGGAUGAUAUGAGAAAGAUCCUUCCCACAUGUGACGAGUCGACGGGAAAUAAGCUGGUCAUUUUGGUAAAAAUAAAAUAUGGGACGUGCGUAAAAUCCAAGGUCUUCAUUUUUGAGAACGUGCAGGAUAUGAUGAGUGAGUACGAGUAUGUGGACGGCGAUUCGCUUGACAAUAUGGAGCAGGGUGAUGGUGAGAAUACGAUGCAGUUUAUGCUGAGGAGGGGUGCAACCAAUGGAUAUGCUGGGGGGGGAAGUGCCUAUUAUGGGGCAAAUCAUGUGAAGAGCGAAAGCGGCAGCACUGGGCCCAAUGGGAAUAGUAACAACGAAUCGGCGAACAGUGAUUCUGUGGCGAAGGUGCCAACGGAGAGUGCAUGCAGUGCGGGGAUGGAUGAGAAUGGCGAAGCGAAUGCGAAGAACGAAGCGCCGCAGGAUCGGGAAAGUGAGGACAUAGAGAAGAAAGGUGGGAGCGACGCAAGCUGCAGCAAGGAUGGUAGAGAGCCUGGGAUGUGCAAAUUGGAGCACAGCGAUUACCUUUUGAGCUCCGAUUACGCAGGGCACGAACGGACAGUGAAGCAGGAGGUGUUUGAAGGGGAAGAGAAUAAUGAUGUUGGAGAUGGAAGUAGCAAUAGUAACGGUGGCGUUGGCGAAACGACGAAGCGCAACCUAGCGGAGGAGAUGGAGAAGAAGUGCAGCGCAUUAGGAAUCAUUCCCGCCGAUAAGACAACUCCUGAAAUGAACGAACGGAAGGCAAAAAAACAAAUGACCCUCAACUAUAGGAGAAAAAUCAUGCACUUUAUACGAAAUAACGUGUACAUAAAUUCAUACAUAUACGACUGCUUUGAAAAUACAUACAUGAACAGUCAGUUCUUCAAGAACGACGUAAUUAUAGUGAACGAUUUGUGUGAAGAAGAUCAAAUGGUCGAUGACAUCCCGGAGUACAUAUACGAAUUGAAUAAAUUUGUCUUUAUUAAGUUUACGAGCUUUGAUCAGUACGUUAGGAAGAAUCACAAAAUUGCAGAAGGGUACGUACAGUACUUGCUACAGAGUAAUAUAAAGUGCAUUAAUAGAUAUAUGAUAGGUAUAAGGUGGGUUCCGGAUAUUUAUGCAUAUGAAUAUUAUGUGUGCAAAAUUAUGGAGGGGAAGCCGAAAGGUAGUGAAUGGAACAACCAGCAGAAGUAUAACUACUCCCUGACGUUGCAAAAAGACUCAAAUGAGAAAACGUUGAAGUAUUUGGUGGACUACGAGAAUAAGGUUAUUGAGAAUGUGUUGUGUGUUUUGCACGAGUAUUAUCAGGCCAAUUUAUUUACUGAGAAGUGCAUCUUCAAUUUAUUUAAGUUGGUUCUGCUGAGGGUGAGUCCUUACAUUGGAGUUUUGAACACGAAGGUCAUUACGCUGGAUCUGGACAAGGCCAUGUAUCGAAUGAAGAAGUUUUCGGAGCCCAUAAGUUUGUAUGGCAACGGCGCUGUUGCCGGGAAUGAGGGCUGCACGCCCGAGGGGUCGGACAAUAGGUUCCUCGCGGGGGGUAGCAAUGGUGGGGUGGAGUGCAGUAUGGCAGAGUAUCAGAUCGAGCACCAGAACGAUAAUGCGUGGAACAGUAGGCCCCCCAUGCACGUGGGCACCUCUGUCGACGGAGGGAAUGCGAAUUGUCAGGGCACUCGCAUGGGCCGCAACGACCAAACUCAGGAGGAAGCAGAGCCAAAGCACUCAUCUGACAGCGACCCCAGCAAUCUGCUGCAGGUGUACGACCCCUACAACGAUUUGUUCCUCAAGAAACAAAAUUACGAAAAUGAGGGAUACUUGGAAAACAAAUUAAGAAAUAAAAAGAAAGUUAGUUACAACUUGGAUAACACUUCCCUAUCGUUGAGGACUCGACAGAAAAGAAAGAAUUUAGCCAUACCGAAAGGAGCAGUUGGGGUCUCAAACAGUGGUGCCUCUGCUGCGAGCAACGAAGUUGGGGGAAGCGUAACUGGUGGGGAGUCCUACAGCAUAAAGUACUACAGCUCGUCGGCGGAUAACAACAAGGUAGGAAAUUUAAAUAAUCACAAAAAGGAGUACAAUUCGAAUGGCAGCGAUUUUAGUGCGACAUCCCAUUUGACGUCGAAGCAUAAGUACCACCUCCGCAGCAACAAUGCGCAAUCGACGGAUAACUACUCCUCCGAGGAGUACGUGUCUAGGAUAAAGCUGAGGGGCAGAAACAAGGGAAGGAGUAGGAUGCUGUACAAAUUGAUGAACAAAAAGGGGUUGAUAGAGCCCUACUGGUGGUUUUUCUACAAUUUGUAUGAGAACGCAACAAUACAGGAUAGUGCCAGCAGUUGUAGCAGCACGCAGGGGAAGAAUGAUGGGAUGAUGCGCUCGUUGAAGUUGAAGGGCAAGAAGAGUAGCGGUGGCAGGGCUGGCGGUGUGGGUGGAGACGUUUCUGUAGGUGACGUGACUUCCUCCACUCUGAGGCAAGGUGAGCACAAGAUGAGCAACCUGUUCAGAGAUUACGAGAACGGCAAAAAAUCCCGCAAGUCGCGCGAAAACAGUGAGAACUACAUCUACAACAAGUUGUUAGAAAAAACGUACAAUAGCAAUUUAAUGAACCAUUUGUGCCAAAGGAAGAAUAAGAUCAAGAUCAAGUACAUUUCCAUGGUGCAUGAUAUUAUAUACAAAAAGUUUAUUCUCCUGAGUAAUACAAUUUUCCCGAGAAAUGUACACGAGUCUGAAAUAUUGUACACGCUGUUCCCUCACGAGCCUCACACCUUCAUGUUUUUGUACACGGAUGAUAACUUCCAAUAUCAGAAUGAGACCUGUUGGAAGUACGUAACAUUUAGUGACCAGUUUAUGAAUAAGGAUUAUUUGCGGGAUGGUAGAAAGGGAGCGAUGCUGUUUCAGGGUGGUGCGGAUGGCUAUGGGUUAGGUGCCAGUGGUGGUUUGCUUGGUGAUGCUCCUAUUGGGGGUGUUAUCCCAGGCGAUCUGUACGAAUGUGGUUUGUGGUCUCUAGAUACAUGCAAUGAGCUACACAAUGGGAAUAUAAAUAUGAACGUGCAUGUUGGAAGCAGACGAGGACUUGAUAAAGAUUUUUACGUGGACCAUUUGAUUGUAGGAGGAACGGAGGGGUUGGUUGAUUCAUCCGCAAAUGCGUUGUUGAUAAAUGGGAACUUAAAAUAUUCAAGCAUCCCCAAUUAUGAAAGAGUGAAAAGUAGCCGACGGGAUGCGUACUUGGGGUUGGGUGAAAUUGGAGGAAGAGCGUCGGGGGCGCUAGGAUACAACUCGCUGUUAAAUAUUGGUGGUGUAGAGGACGGUCUGGUUUUUGGCAAUUACGACGCAAAUUAUGCGUUCGGCGGAAAUGUUGAUCCAUAUCGUACAGGGAAUGAGGUUGGCGGUGGUCUUGUCGCGGGCUCUAAUGCAUACCUGGACGCGCCGGCCAGCACGGGGCAUAAAGUGUUUGGCUUUGAAAGGAGCAGAAGGGAAAUCAAGCCCAACGAGUAUUACGACUAUUUCAUUAGGGAUAAAAAUUUGCUGACUGUGAAGGACAAGUUUCACAACAUUGGUGAGAAGAGAAGCGUGUCCAAUACGACCUUCGGAAGGGGUAGUAAAUAUUAUGACCAUUACAGGGACCAGGAUGAUAAAAAAAACACGAGCGACAAUGAUAUCUCAUUCAUUAAGAAGAAGAAGCAUGGUAAUAAGAGAACCAAGAGUAAUAACCUGUCCAGUGUGAAAAAUUUUAGCAAUCUGUGUGGCAGCAACAAGAGCGACAUGAACAACAAUGAGUUAGGUGGCAACGUGCACGAGGACUCUAUGAUCCCUAUGGGUCCGCUGCCAACAGGGGUAUACUUCGACUCUGCGCGAAAGCUUUGGAGAUGCCAAUGGAAGGAAAAUGGAAAGUUUAAGACAAAGGGUUUCAGCUUGAUUCAUUACAAUACCCUGGAGGAGGCGAGAAAGCAGUGCAUUUUAUACCGAUGUGAAGUGGGUAACAUACCUGUUAAAAGUGAAUGGCUGAAUCCUGUGUAUGUAAGUUCCUCCUACUUCUAUAACAAAAAAUAUGCUAGCAGUGCGAAUAACACGAAUAACAACGCCACGAAUUAUGGGACCCCACAUAAGGAGUUAAAAACGAGUUCUUUAAAUUUGAAUCGUUUGAAGGAGCAAACGAAUGGCGUGGACAGAAAUGGUAAAGGGUUCAUGGACGGAUCAAGCAAAGACUCGAGUGACAACUACUACGGUGCUGUUGGUGGUGGAGUAGGAGGAAGUGCAAGCGCUAAUAGGUAUUCCACGAGAAACAAUACGGCCUCGAGCACUCUGAACUUGCUGAAUACUGAUAAGGGAAACGAGAUUGAUAUUUCCAUUUUGCAAGAAUUCGUGACAAAGAAUAAGGAAAAUCAAAACAUGAAUGAGAAGGGCGGCGACGCAGUGAGUAACAAUCUUGGUAUGGAGGAAGACGUGGUAGGGAAUAAUGACAUGUUCUUCUUUGAAAAUGGGAAGGUGGACGGCAGUGCAGUGAAUGAGAUGGGGGAGGAAGGCCAGCCAGACGGACAGGUGUUGGGCGAUGUUGGGGACGAGGAAAAUGGAGAGAACCUCACUGGGAGAAGAAGCAAACGCAUGAGAAGUAGCCCUAACAAUGACACAAAUUAUCAUAUAGAAAUUAAUGGCGAGUUGAAGGACUACUACGGAAGGGGAAGUGCUGAGGACUUCAUCCCCACUUUGGAGAACGUGAAUAAUUUGGAGAAAUUUCGAAGUGCAUUUGAUAAAAAAAUGCUGAAGGAGAUGCAAAGCGUCAAUGCGGAAGGGAGCAACAGGGGCUACGACUUAAUGGUGGGUGGUGAUGGUAGUACAGGGGUAAACCGCGCCUCAGGAAAUAACAAUAGUAGUAAUGGCGAGUACGGCUCGAUGUUGAGCAAUUUACAGACCAUGCUUCAGAUGCUGCAGGGCAAGGACGGGAAGGAUGACCAGCAAUUUAAGUCCACUUUGAACGGAGUGAAGAGUGAGAAUGGGCCAUCCGCCACAGGCGAGGCAGGCGAACCGAACUUGUUGGACGUGGGUACUGGUAGCAAGGGCAACAGCGCCGUGGAUGGUGCAGACUUGUACCGCAUGUUACAUGGCAUUAAGAAUGAGAUGCUGCUGCAGAACGAGAAUGAAAAUAAUUUGUCCUAUUUCACUGGAAUUCGAAAGAGGGGAAAGAAGAAAUUACAUAAGAAGGAUUUCCAUUCCGUUAUGAGAAAGGAAGUAAAUGGAGAGAAACGAAAGAAAGUGACGCUAAUGAACGUGGUGAAUUCGCUAGACAUUAUUGGAAGAAAUGGAAACGAAGGAAAAUUUUUGGAUGACCCUGAGGAUGGCAACAAUUUGUUACUGAACGCUGGCAACCUUUGCGAGAGCAUCUCCGCGUUUGUCAAAUAUGCCAGCCAGAAUAAUCAGUUAGGUCGUGGUGAUGGUGCUGAUGGUGCUGAUGGUGCGGCAGGGGUGGAAGGAGGACUUGGCGCGUUGUCCAUGAAUAAAAACUAUGAUGAACAUGGAGGCCCACCCCCCCCAGGAGAUGGUGGUAUGACCGGCAGUAGUGGCAUGUCGAAGGUGAACAAAGGAGGAGAUUUGGCGCAGGGUAACAAUUUCCAUGAUAUAUUUUUUCAGGACAUUCAGAACUUUUUAAACUUUGCCAAGGAUAGAAAGGAUGUUGCAACAGGGGGUAGUAGUGGUACUGGUGAUGGUGUGGUUGGAGACAAUGUGGCGGGUGCUGUGGGGAUGGGAAACGGAUUUGAGGGUGAGGAGGCGGCCGAGGGUUUGGCCUAUUUUAAGGGCAGGAAUUUGAACUCCAGCAGAGUGAACAGUGAAUAUGAGAAUUACCUGAGAUCGAUCAUGGUUCAGUACGAGAAGGAGGAGAAACGGAGACAGAAGCAGAGGCAGAAACAGGACGCGCAGCGGACGGCGAGGAAGAGCGAACAGGGAGGUGAUGAUGGCGCUGGCGUGUUUGCACUCGGUGAGGAGGAUUUGAACAAUGCCGGUGGCGGUAGCACGAUUAAUAAUGUGAUCGGUGCGAACCCUUUGGAGAAUGACGAAAUGGAUGGCAGUAGCGGCGAUAAGAAGGGAGCAGCAGUAGGCUACCUAGAAUCGAACGAAGACGGCAUUAACGGUAAUGGCGUCGUAGAGAAUGACAAGGGAAAUCAGGACCAAGGGAAAAACCUGUCCGUUGGAUUUUUUCAAAAAUAUCUGAGCCUAUUUAGCAGGAAUCAGCAGAGCACCGCAGAAAAUAACAACAUCCAUAAGGAGGCGGAUGAUGAUGACAAUAUUAAUAAUGUUAGUAAUAAUAAAGCGGAGACUUCUUCAACCGGGGCAGGAGGGAAGGAAGGCCUGGAGAACGCCAACUACGUGGAGGAGUAUAAGAAGCGAGAAAAAGAAACAAACGAUUACAAUACAAGAAAGAAGAAGAAGAAGAAAGGAGACGUGUCUUACUUUUAUAUGAAUAACAAUGAUUACUACUACUACGACGAUGAUAAUUUUAACGACCCCCUCAAUGAAAACUACGAUGAUGAUAAUUUUAAUGAUCAUUUCAAUGGAGGCUACAACAAUUUUAAUGACCACCACUUCAAUGAACAAUACGAAAAUUUUAAGGCCAAUGAGUACGGGAAUGGUCACCACCUGGUGGAUGACAAAUUGGACCCGAAUUAUCUGGGUGGGUUUAAUUAUGGCCCUGGAGAUAACGGUACACGUGGGUAUGCGAGGAAGAAGGCCAAAACGAAAAAGAGUAAAAAUAAUGGUACAGGUCUUGUAGGGGAUGGUAAUGGCACUUUGGGUAUUUUGUCUGAUGAUGAAUCGAACAUGAUGAUGGGUGGGGGAAAAGGCAGUGUUAAUGGAGGUAAGAAGAGUAAUUCUGGAGGAGACGUGGACAUUAAUUUGAUAAAGCAGUCGCUCCCGAAAGGCAUUUAUUAUGAUCACGCAAAGAAAUUAUACCGAGUGCAAUAUAUAAUAAACAACUCCAUUAAGACGAAGGGGUUCAGUGUGAAGAAAUUAGGCCUAGCACAAGCGAAGAUUGAAGCGGAGUCGUUUCGCAAUUUCUGCCUGGAGAACGGGCUUUUGAAUUCGCGCAAGAGGAGAAUCAACUCGCCCUAUAACAAGAAGGAAGAGAAGAAUUUCAAAAUGAUAAAGGAUAAUGAGGAGAUCCUGUCCAACCUGCUCUACUUGUACAACGCGAAUAAUGGGAAGCAGCCGAUGGAGUGA